AUGAAGUUGAGUAGCCUGAAUUUGACUGCAAUAAGGUAUUAUGCGAGUGUAGGUGAAGUUUCGUCGUUGACUCCGAACUCGAAACUCUUAUCCAUUAACCGCAAGUGGAAUGAAAAAGUUAUUCAAGGUGUGCCAAAAUUGACUAAGGAUGAUAGAAACAAAGAUAUUUACAUUCUCUGUAUGUUUCCUUAUCCAUCGGGAACUCUCCACAUUGGUCAUUUACGUGUCUAUACUAUAAGCGAUGUUCUAAAUAGGUUUUACCAAUUGAAAGGAUAUAAUGUCUUGCACCCAAUGGGUUGGGAUGCUUUUGGACUUCCAGCCGAGAAUGCUGCUAUAGAGAGAGGUAUUAACCCAGCGGUGUGGACAAGAAAUAAUAUUAAAAAGAUGAAGGACCAGAUGAAAUUGAUGGCAUCAAACUUUAAUUGGGAUCGUGAGUUGGCUACUUGUGACCCUGAGUAUUACAAAUUUACUCAAAAAUUGUUUUUGGAGUUGUUCAGACACGGAUAUGCUUAUAGGAAGGAGGCAGAAAUCAAUUGGGACCCAGUAGACCAAACUGUAUUGGCAAAUGAACAAGUAGACUCUCAAGGAAGGUCAUGGAGAUCAGGUGCAAUUGUUGAAAAAAAACUUCUAAGCCAGUGGUUCCUUGGAAUUACGAAGUUUGCUCAUGAAUUACAGAGAGAUUUAGAUAACCUAAAAGAUUGGCCAGAACACGUUAAAUUAAUGCAAAAAAAUUGGAUAGGAGAAUCAACAGGUGCGGAAAUUGAUUUUGUUCUCUCUUCAAUGGACGAAACGGUCAAAGUGUUCACAACUCGUGCCGAGACUUUAUAUAGCGUACAAUUUGUGACUUUAGCUUUGGACCAUCCGAUUGUAAAGACCCUCAAAGAAACCAAUUCAUCCUUGAACGAGUUUUUGAAGCGCGCUGAAAAAUUACCAGCGGACUCAAAAGAAGGGUAUUUACUUCCAAAAUUAUCUGUAUACCAUCCGUUAAUUCCAAAGAAACAAAUACCUGUUUUUGUGGCACCAUACGUUUUGGGUAAUUAUGGGCAUGGUGCAGUUAUGGGAUGCCCUGCUCACGACCAACGUGACUUCGACUUCUGGAAAACAAACUGCCCAGAAGAACCAGUACUAUUCACUAUCUCUAACCCAAAUAAUUCCAAAAAUACUGACGGCCCAUACACUUCCAAAGAUGGUGUCAUGAAUGAAAAUGCUGGGAGUUAUGCAGGAAUGAAGACGGUUGAAGCUAGAGAAAACAUUAUUCAGCAACUAGCGGAAGCUGGUAGGGGUAGGCCAUCUGUGCAAUUCAAAUUAAGAGAUUGGUUGAUUAGUAGACAAAGGUACUGGGGUGCUCCUAUUCCAAUCAUUCAUUGUAAAAGUUGUGGACCAGUGCCUGUUCCCGAUGAAGACUUGCCGGUGAAACUUCCAGAAACGGAAGUAUUGUCUAAAAACGGAAAUCCUUUAUCUAAGUUAGAUGACUUUGUUAAUGUCCCUUGUCCAUCAUGCGGUUCUCCUGCUAAACGUGAGACAGACACUAUGGAUACAUUCAUGGACAGUUCGUGGUAUUUCUUUAGAUUCACUGAUCCACACAAUGCUUCUUUACCAUUCUCUUACGAAAAGGCAUCGAAACACAUGCCUAUAGACAUGUAUAUCGGAGGUGUAGAACACGCAAUUCUACACCUUUUAUAUUCAAGAUUUAUUUCUAAGUUCACUGCAUCCAUUGGUAUGUGGGAUGGAUCUAAAGUUAAUGGCGAACCGAUCAAAAAGCUAGUGACCCAAGGAAUGGUUCAUGGAAAAACAUUUGUUGAUCCCAAAACAGGUUCAUUUAUGAAACCGGAAGAAAUUGAUAAUUCGGAUCCAAAUAAGCCAAAGAAUGUACAAACUGGUGAACCUUUGGAAGUGUCCUAUGAAAAAAUGUCCAAAUCAAAAUUCAAUGGUGCAGAUCCGGCACAGUGUAUUUCUACACAUGGAAUUGAUGCAACCAGAGCACAUAUAUUAUUUCAAGCACCUGUCUCAGAUGUUUUGAAUUGGGAUGAGUCUAAGAUUGUCGGAAUUGAACGUUGGUUGGAACGGAUGCUGAAAUAUUGCUCAACAUUAUGCUCACAAGAAAUUACACCAAUAUUCAAUAAAACACCAAUAGAUUUAUCACAAGAAGAAGUUGAUUUCCAUAAUAACGUGCAAUCUCUAGUAAAUUCAAUCACAUCAUCGUUGGAAAAAACUGUAUCUUUAAAUACCGUCAUUUCCGACUAUAUGAAACUUUCAAAUUCAAUAGAAAACGCGAUCAAAUCCUCCAGCAUAAGAAAAGGACUGGUGCUCUUGAAUUUGCAAAAAUUAACAACAAUGCUAUAUCCAGUAGUGCCAUGUGUUUCUGAGGAACUUGCCUCGAUUAUUAAAACUAAGGGUUAUGAUUUUAGACAAUAUUCCUGGCCUGAAGUUGAGGAAGCCAAGCUUUCCAACAUCGUGAAAUAUCAAAUUAUUAUCAAUGGCAAAAGAAGGGCGGCUUACGAAGGCCCAGAAGAGUUUACUAAAAAUAUUGAUAAAGUAUUGGAUACCAUACGGCUAUUACCAGAAACCAAAAAGUAUUUGGAUGGUGUAUCGGUUAUGAAAGUUAUAACUAAAGGUAACAUUAUCAGUCUCGUAGUUAAACCUAACUAA